GGGCCCGAAUGAUUAAUUGCAAGUGAAACCCCCUCCUCACUUUUCAUUUCACCUCCUUUUUAGCCCUUCCUUAUUGCCUUUAAAAGGAUAAAAUGCUUCGCACUAAAUUUGGGUAUGCUGUUGCACAGGAUUUCAAGGAAUGUCCAAGCAUCUCAGACGGCUUUGGUGAUAGGCUAAUGCAGUCCUGCCUGUGCCCUCGACGGCGCAGCUUUCCCUGCACUUGAGUUUUCCGACAGACCAGGGCUGACAGACAGCUGUGACCCGUGGUUCCUCGGCUCACUGGAUUUUACCCUUGGAUUAUUGUUGAUUUCGUACCAAAAAAAUAAAUAAAAUAAAUUACUCGGGGGGAGGUUGUUACAGGCCUCCCAGUGUCUUGCAAGUUUUCUUCGGGGGUGCUCUGUUUUAUAAUAACCAUGUCUAGGGGGAAAACGAGGGGUUUAACCCGGACGGACCGCCAGGUGAGCGAAGACGCCGACAUUGACAACCUGUUGGCUAAUUUAUCGCCAGAGGAGGUAGAGGAGCUGGAGAGGGAAUUUACCGCGAUCGACCCCGAUCCAAACGUACCAGUCGGCCUCCGACAGAAGAAUCAGACAGAAAAACAGCCGUCCAGAAACUACGACCGAGAAGCCAUGCUGGACUACUGCGAGCGUGAAACUAAGAAACUCAUCGAAAGAGAGCUGUCUUUCGAGGAACCUAAGAAUGAGGUCUUGAAGAAAGGUCUGGCAAGGAGCUUCUCCAGGUCAGACAGCCAGGGGGGCUCAGAGCUGGGGGGUCAGAAUGCAGUGAUCCAUCGAGAAGAUUGUGGCUCUACAUGUCUGGGUCACAAGAUGGAGGACAAGAACCUCAAGAGGAGAGACUGCCCCACUGAGGAUCGGGCAGGUCCCUCAAAUAGGUUUAGGAGGGAGGGGAGUAGGGACAAGGAGAAAACGUGUGAAGCCCAGGGAAAAGCUGCGAAAGAAAAGAGCAAGCAGGUGGAGAAGAGGGAGGACAACAAGAAAAAAAUAGAGAGCAACAGCAAGACAACAGCCUUGGUCUCCAAGCUGCAGGAAAAGAAGGAAGAGAGCAGGGAAAAGGAAAGAAAAGAGGAGAUGGGAAAGACAAAGGGACUCAUCUCCAGGCUGCAGGAGAAAAAGGAAAAGGAGGUAAACAAAGAGAAGGAGGGCAAAGAUGAUGUCAGGAAAAGGGAUGGCGGAAAUAUGAGAGGACUCAUCUCCAAGUUAGAGAAGCAGCAGAGCCAGACUCGAGAAAACAAGACCGAGGAGAAAAGGGAGAGAGCUGUUGAGACGGGUACGAGGAGUAAUUUGGGACAAAUUGGCUUGCAAGAAAGUGAGAAGCAGCAAAAAAUUAAAAAGGAGAAAGCGAAGGAGAAGGAGAAAGGGGUUACUGAGAAGGCAACAAAGAAAGAGACAGAGAAGGAGCAGGGAAGAGAGAAGAAUAAGAAAGUCCAUAAUGAAUCUGUGAAAAGCAACCACAAUGAGGAGGAUAGUACCAACUGCACUGCAGAUGGGAGCCAGCCUGGUAAGUCCAAAGAAGAGGAGGAGGAUGAGGCCGCCACCAUGUUCAACGAGUCCCUGGAAAAGGUCAGUAAAAAUGACCCUGAUUUUAUUGAGCUCAACGUCAACAACUCGGAGGUCAUCAAGACCAAGACACUCAUUCAGUUUGCCGAGGCCUUGAGGGACAACACGCACGUUAGGACGUUCGCCCUCGCCAACACGCGCGCCGAUGACCACGUGGCCUACGCCAUCGCAGGAACCCUGCAUGCUAACAGCACCCUCACCAGCAUCAACCUUGACUCCAACCUUCUCACUGCCAAGGGCAUCAUGGCUGUCAUCCACGCCCUGCAGCACAACGCCACCCUCACUGAGCUGCGUUUCCACAAUCAGCGCCACAUCUGCGGCGGGAAGACCGAGAUGGAGAUGGCUAAGGUGCUCAAAGACAACACCACCCUGCUCAAGCUGGGCUACCACUUUGAGCUGGCCGGCCCCCGCAUGACCAUGACCAACAUCCUGAGCCGUAACAUGGACAGGCAGCGGCAGAGGCGCCUACUGGAGCAGAAACAGGCCCAGGCUCUGGCUGAGGCCCAGUCUAAUGGUGAGAUGAAGGACAUUCUCAAGAGCCCCAAGGCAGCAGGGGCCAUCCUGAAAAAUUCCCACAAAGGUACACCCAAACCCUCCCCACAGCCUACGCCCCAAACCUCCCCCAAGACCCCAAAGAAGGUGGGUGGACAAGGAAGAGGAGGAGGAGGAACAGGCACCCCUGGACCGCCAGUUCCCCCUCCUCCACCUCCUCCUGCCCACUCUCUUGAUCACAACUUCCUGCGGAAUUCACUGACACCUGUUUCGCAGAGGAAGGUUGAUGACCGGAGUUUGGGCCGUGGCAUAGAGAAGAAUUCAAGGGACCAGUUGCUGGACUCCAUUCGCACCAACAAUUUGAGAAAACUUAAAAGGGUUGAGGUUCCCAAGCUGCUGCAAUAAGUGUGUGUGUGUGUGGGGG